AUGAGUUCCACCUCAGACUCUCCCGUGCCAACUCCCUCCGAUCCACUUCCUCUACGCAGCUGCACCUAUUACCGCUAUCGGAAAGUGAAAUGUGAUCGCCAGCAGCCCUGCUCCAAUUGCCUGCGCGUCAAACUCAAUUGCUCAUACCCCGCUGGUCGUGGCAGAGCUGCCAAGAAGUCUACUCGAACGCUGGAUACCCGUCUCGUCGAUCGGCUCCAGAGACUGGAAAACACCAUUAAGGAACUCACAAGUCAGGUCGAGGCCACAACCGAUGCCGUUCCAUCUGGGAAUAAUAUAGAUGUAGACGAAAUUGAACCGCAUCAUGGUGUUGUAGGGAACUCCCUGUCGGGAGGAGAUGGCGCUGCUCAUGAUGCUUCCACCAACCAGCAACUUGGUCGCCUGAUGAUAGAUGAUAGUAAAAGCUACUACAUCAGUAACAUUUUGUGGGCCAAUCUAGGAAAUGAGAUCGAAGAAUUGCGCGACAUGCUACAUGACUCUCUGUUUGAAGAUGAUGCUAACAACCCUACUGAUGCAUAUGGACCCAUGCCAGAGGUGGCGUCACCUAUUGGGACAAGUGCUUCGGUCUUUGGGUUUCGUUCCCUCUGUCAUUCCCUUCUGAACUAUCAUCCACCCAUGCACCUAUCAGUCACUCUCUUGAACAUCUUCAUCCAGAAUGUCCUUCCACUGGUGCAUAUCUACCACAGAGCAGUGGUUUUGGGAUUCCAUCGUGUCACUAGAGACACUCGAUAG